AUGUAUUGCACUUAUCAUAUUCAAAAUCAAGUAUAAACGAUAUGCAUAGACCCCCACAAAUGUCAAAAAUACAGAAAAUUAUGUGCUGAAUGCCAAGAGGAACAUGGAGUGGAUUUUAAAUACACAGUUUCAAUAAAAAAGUUUAAAGAUAUGGCAAUGAUGAAAUUCGAAGAAUCUAAGCCUGAAGAUAUCCAGGAAAUACUUAAAUAGAGAAUGAAUUUUAAAUAAUUGCUUGCUUCAACUUAAAGCAUGUUAAAAUAAAUUUGGGAUGAGUUAACAGAAUCAUUAAAAUAGAUCUAUGAUAUGAUUGAGAAAGAAGAUAAAUCUUAUUUGUAAAUCAUCAACAACGUGAAUCCAACAGAAUUAUCAAAUACUGAAUUAGAAAAAUUAGUCCAAAUUAUAAUAGGAAAACCAUUAGAUGAUUGGAUUAAUUUGAAAAACACUUAUUUUAAGAGGUUGGAAAGGACAAAGAACUUUUGGGAAAUAGAAACCAAAGCUUUUAGUGAAAAAUUGAAUAAUGAAAUGAAAGAGAUGAUAUAUUUAAUUAAAAAGGUUGAUACUUCAAAAGAGAGCAUUCAAUCAAUUAAAGAAAUAAAAUAAGUAUAUAAUCGAAAGGAAGAUUUGUAUUAGGUAUUAAUAUAGGCAAAGAAUGUUGAUGGAACCUACCUUAAUGAAGUUCUUUAGAUAUUGAGAUAAUAGAAAAUUAUUAAUUGUUUAGAAUUCUUUAGAGGUUAAUCUCAGUUAAAAUUUAUCUUUGAUAUGAUUAAAAAUAUUAGUGAAAUUGACUUUUAUAAAAAGAACUAUUCAAAAGAAGAAUAUGAAUAAAUAAGAAAGGAUUUGAUUAAAAAAAUAUCCUAACACUAGCUCAUAAUUGAAUUUUUGAAAUUCUUAGUACAUAUGACAGCCAUUGAUGAGAGAUUUAUCUAAUGUGGAUCGAAUUCAUUUAAAAUAUUAGUUGAAAUGAAGGUGGAUUUAAGAGAAUAAAGUUUUGAGAAAAUAAGGAUUAAAGAUACUUCAUUAGUAGGUGGGAAUUUUGUAAGAUGCAAUUUUAAUGGUUCAGAAUUAAAUAAUGUAGAUAUAAGUGGAAUUAACUUAAAUUAAGCUUAAUUGUUUAAUUGUAAAUGGAGAAAUAUUAAAAUACAUGAGUUAAAUAAACUAGAUGGUCAUUCAGAUUAUGUAAGAUCAGUCUGUUUCUCUCCUGAUGGUACUACAUUAGCAUCUGGUAGUGGUAAUAUAAAUUCAUUAAUACAAGGUGAUAACUCAAUCCGUUUAUGGGAUGUCAAGACAGGAUAAUAAAAAGCCAAAUUAGAUUGUCUUUCAAAUUAUGUAAAAUCUGUCUGUUUCUCUCCUGACGGUACUACAUUAGCAUUUGGUAAUGAUUAGUCUAUCCGUUUAUGGGAUGUUAAAACAGGAUAAUAAAAAGCCAAAUUAGAUGGUCAUUCAGGAGCCAUCUGGUCAAUCUGUUUCUCUCCUGAUGGUACUACAUUAGCAUCUGGUAGUGGUAAUGUAAAUUCAUUAAUCCAAGGUGAUAACUCUAUCCGUUUAUGGGAUGUCAAGACAGGAUAAUAAAAAGCCAAAUUAGGUGGUCAUUCAAAUUAUGUAAAAUCAGUCUGUUUCUCUCCUGAUGGUACAACAUUAUCAUCUGGUAGUGAUGAUAAGUCUAUCCGUUUAUGGGAUGUUAAGACAAGAUAAUAGAAAGCGAAAUUAGAUGGUCAUUCAGAAACCAUCUGGUCAGUUUGUUUCUCUCCUGAUGGUACUACAUUAGCAUCUGGUAGUGGUAAUGUAAAUUCAUUAAUACAAGGUGAUAACUCUAUCCGUUUAUGGGAUGUUAAAACAGGAUAAUAAAAAGCCAAAUUAGAUGGUCAUUUAGGAGCCAUCUGGUCAGUCUGUUUCUCUCCUGAUGGUACUACCUUAGCAUCUGGUAGUGGUAUUGUAAAUUCAUUAAUAUAAGGUGAUAACUCUAUCCGUUUAUGGGAUGUUAAGACAAGAUAAUAAAAAGCCAAUUUAGAUGGUCACUCAAAUUAUGUAAAAUCAGUCUGUUUCUCUCCUGAUGGGACUACAUUAGCAUCUGGUAGCGAUGAUUUUUCUAUCCGUUUAUGGGAUGUUAAGACAGAAUAAUAAAAAGCCAAAUAAGAUGGUCAUUCAGAUUAUGUAAGAUCAGUCUGUUUCUCUCCCAAUGGUACUACAUUAGCAUCUGGUAGUGGUAAUGUAAAUUCAUUAAUACAAGGUGAUAACUCAAUCCGUUUAUGGGAUGUCAAGACAGGAUAAUAAAAAGCCAAUUUAGAUGGUUAUUCAAAUUAUGUAAAAUCAGUCUGUUUCUCUCCUGAUGGUACUACAUUAGCAUCUGGUAAUGAUAACUCUAUCCGUUUAUGGGAUGUUUAGACAGGAUAAUCAAAAGCGAAAUUAGAUGGUCAUUCAGAAAUUAUCUGGUCAGUCUGUUUCUCUCCUGAUGGUACUACAUUAGCAUCUGGUAGUGGUAAUGUAAAUUCAUUAAUACAAGGUGAUAACUCUAUCCGUUUAUGGGAUGUUAAGACAGGAUAAUAAAAAGCCAAUUUAGAUGGUCAUUCAAGCAUUAUUUAAUCAGUUUGCUUCUCCCCUGAUGGUACUAAGAUAGCAUCUGGUAGCAGAGAUAACUCUAUUCGUUUAUGGGAUGUUAAGACAGGAUAAUAAAAAGUCAAAUUAGAUGCUCAUUAAGAAACCAUCUGGUCAGUCUGUUUCUCUCCUGAUGGUACUACAUUAGCAUCUGGUAGUGGUAAUGUAAAUUCAUUAAUACAAGGUGAUAACUCUAUNUAUAAAUAUCAAUGGAUAAGAAAAUUAUAGAAUUUCUCAAAUUUUUAGUUCAUCUUACUGCCUUAGAUGAUAAAUAUAUAUUUUGUGGGUCGAAUUCUCUUCAUUUAUUAGUAUAAAUGAAGGCUGAUUUGAAGAAAUAAUGUUUUGAGAAUAUAAGAAUUAGAAAUACUUCCUUAAUAGGAGCUAAUUUGGUAAGUUGUAACCUAAGUGGAUCUGAAUUUGAUGAUGUCACCAUUAGUGGAAUAAAUUUGAAUUAAGCGAAAUUAUUUAAUUGCAAGUGGAAUAACUUAAGAAUAAAUGAAUUAAACCAGUUAAAUGGACAUAGUGGAUAUAUCAAGUAAGUUUCUUGUUCUCCAGAUUGUAAGUCUUUAGCUUCUUGUAGUGAUGAUAAUUUGAUUAGGUUGUGGAAUGCAAAAUCAGGAAAAAUAAAGUUUGUUUUAAAAGGAGAGAGAUAGGUAAAUUCAGUAUGUUUCUCUCUAAAUGAUACUGCUUUAGCUUCAUGUAGUGGUGCAAUUGUGUAUUUAUGGAAUCUGAGAACAGAAAAAAAAAUAUCAAAAUUAAUUGGUCAUACGAAUGAUAUAAGUACAGUAUGUUUCUCUCCUAAUGGGACUAAGUUAGUUUCAUGUAGUAAUGAUUAAUCUAUCCGUUUAUGGGAUAUUAAGACAGGAUAAUAAAAAGCCAAAUUAGAUGGUCAUUUGAGUAAUGUUAAUUCAAUCUGUUUCUCUCCGGAUGGUGCUACAUUAGCAUCUGGCAGUGAUGAUAAGUCUAUUCGUUUAUGGGAUAUCAAGACAGGAUAAUAAAUAGUCAAAUUAGAUUGUCAUUCAAAUGAUGUAAACGCAGUUUGUUUCUCUCCUGAUGGUGCUACAUUAGCAUCUGGUAGCUAUGAUAAAUGUAUCCGUUUAUGGGAUGUAAAGACAGGAUAAUAAAAAGCCAAGUUAUGUGGUCACACAAGCUUUAUUAAUUCACUCUGCUUCUCUCCUGAUGGUACUUUGUUGGCUUAUGGUAGUAGAGAUAACUCUAUCCGUUUAUGGGAUGUUAAGACAGGAUAAUAAAAAGCCAAAUUUGAAGGCCAUUCAAAUUGGGUUAGAUCAGUGUGUUUCUCUUCUGAUGGUUCUACAUUAAUAUCUGGUAGCGAUGAUAAGUCUAUCCGUUUAUGGGAUGCUAAGUUGGGACAAUAAAAAACCAAAUUAGAUGGUCAUUCAAAUGAAGUCAACACAGUUUGUUUCUCUCCCGAUGGUGCUAUAUUAGUAUCUAGUAGUGAUGAUAAGUCUAUUCGUUUAUGGGAUGUUAAGACAGGAUAAUAAAAAGCAAAAUUAGAUCGUCAUUCAAAUGAUGUCAGCACAGUCUGUUUCUCUCCUGACGGUACUACACUAGCAUCUGGAAGUUUAGAUAACUCUAUCCGUUUAUGGGAUGUUAAGGCAGGAUAAUAAAUAGCCAAAUUAGAUGGUCAUUCAAAUGAAGUCAAAACAGUCUGUUUCUCUCCUGAUGGUACUACGUUAGCAUCUGGAAGUUUAGAUAACUCAAUCCGUUUAUGGGAUGUUAAGACACGAUAAUAAAAAGCUAAAUUAGAUGGUCCUUCAAAUUCCUAUGGAAUUUCAUCAGUCUGUUUCUCUCCUGAUGGUACUACAUUAGCAUCUGGUAGUGAUGAUAAGUCUAUCCGUUUUUGGGAUCUUAAAACAGGACAACACAUCUUUCCUUCAAAUAAUAGUUACAAAGAAACUUUAGCAUAAUUUAAACUACCCAUCCUUCCAAAGAACGUUCUUUCUGACAGUAGUAAUUAUUAUUUAUUAUAAUUUAGCUAACUCUUUUAUCACUAUUCUGCAAAUUUCCUAAAACCCAACUUUAGAAGCUUACGGAGCUUUAAUAUUGAAAGGAGAAUUUAUCAAUUACAAAGGAGUUGAUUUAAGAUCAUUAUUCAAAUCAAAAGGAAGUUACAUUUUUGAAGGCUAAAUUGGAUAGAAAUAACCAUAAAAUUGA